AUGGGAGGCAUCAUGGCUUUUUUGUUGGGAUUUCUACUGUUUUAUAGAUCAGCAGUAAAGAGAAAAACGACCAUUUCAAGGGAGGUUGCGAGAGCUGAAGCAUUGUUGAGCCCUGAAAAAGGUGUAAAGCAGGCAGAGAAAGCCAAAAAUCCAGAUAUAAUUAUUGUUGGAGCUGGUGUGGCUGGUUCUGCUCUUGCUUAUACUCUUGGCAAGGAUGGAAGAAGAGUACAUGUGAUUGAAAGAGACUUGGCUGAGCCUGAUAGAAUUGUUGGAGAACUCCUGCAACCAGGUGGCUACCUCAAACUAAUUGAGUUGGGCCUUCAAGAUUGUGUAGAAGAUACUGAUGCUCAGCAAGUAUUUGGAUAUGCUCUGUACAAGGGUGGGAGAAGUACUAAACUUUCCUAUCCGCUGGAAAACCUUGAAUCAUAUGUGUCUGGAAGAAGCUUUCAUAAUGGACGUUUCAUUCAAAGGAUGCGAGAAAAAGCUUCUUCCCUACCCAAGUAA